GGAGCCGGUAGGCACGAGGUGUCGCGGAAGAAACGUUGUUUUCCUGUUGAAAUACUAAAAUCAGCCCCCUUGUGUGCUCUCGGGUGGCCGAGAAGGUCCAUAGCGGCUGGGGCUGCGUUGGAAGCAGCGUGGCCGAAGUAAUGCCUCACCUGGUUUGAAGACCUAGGAGAGCUUUCCGUUUGCAUAAGGUGUAAAAGAAAAUGGAAGAAGAUGAGACUUUACAAGGCAAGGAGAGAGCAGAAGCUGAAAAACAUGCCGCUCCUGAGAUGGGGCAGCUAUCAGUUAGUGAGUUCCUUUGCCACUGCUGUUAUGACACUGUCAAUCCCACCACCCUGAACUGUGGGCAUAGUUUUCUGCAGACAUUGCCUAGCCUGUGGUGGGUAUCAUCCAGAAAGAAUGAGUGCCCUGAAUGCAGAGAAAAAUGGGAGGGAUUCCCCAAAAUCAAUUUUCCCAUUAGGGAUAUUAUUGAAAAGCUAUUUUCUGAUGCCAUUGAACAAAGAAAAGAAGAUAUUCAACAAAACACUGAUGUAGCACGCAGCUUAGCAACCUUCCAAAAAUAUGGGAAUGACCAGAUCCCUACAAUUCCGAACACAGGAAGAAUUAAUCCUCGAGGAGGAGGGUUUUUCUCAGGCGUUCUGACAGCUUUAACUUGUGUAGCAGUCAUUCUACUUGGAUAUCACUGGAGUAGCAGAGAAUUUGAAGAAGAUCAUCUUGUCCACAAGCCUGUUGCUAAGUGGACUGCUGAGGAAGUGAUACUGUGGUUAGAGCAGCUGGGCCCAUGGGCUUCACAUUACAAAGAAAGGUUUUUACUAGAGAAAGUGAAUGGAAGACUCCUUCUAACAUUGACAGAGGAGGAUUUCAUCAAAGAGCCUUACAGUAUAGAGAACAGUACCCACAGAAGAGCUAUUGUGGCGGAACUGGAAUGUGUGAACUUUAGUGUUAAGCCACCACAGAACCUUGGGAUAUAAGGUACGUUUUAUAUGAAAAUCUUAAAUCCAGGAAAAUCACUCUUUCUUCUGUAUGCACUGAAGAAUUCCCCAAGGCUCAGUAUGUUAUACCUCUAUUUGUUUGAGUACAUGGAAGCUUUCCUACCUUUCAUCCAUACAAUUUGCCCUAUGCAGGAAGACAAGUAUGAAGAUACUUUCACAAAACUAAGGACCUUAAAGAAUCCUUCUUGGAAACAAUGGAGAGAAUUCAUUGUGAAGUACUUCUUUUUGCCAUACCAGCUGAUAGCUGAAUUUGCUUGGGAUUGGUUGGAUGUGCACUACUGGACGUCAAGAUUUAUAAUUGUAAAUGCAAUGCUGCUCUCUGUUCUGGAAGUAUUCUCCUUUUGGAGGCUCUGGUCAAGAAGAGAACUGAAGACUGUUCCUCACAGAAUGUGGAAACAUUUCUGGAAAGUCUUAACCCAGGGUCUUUUUAUUGCCAUUUUUUGGCCUUUUAUUCCUCAGUUUGUCUGCAAUUGUUUGUUUUACUGGGCCUUGUACUUUAACCCAAUUAUAAACAUUGAUCUUGUUGUUAAAGAAGUAAGGCGACUGGAGACACAAGUGCAAUGACUGGCAUUGGAACUUUUGAGCUGUUUAGCUUCUAAAAAUAAACACUUGAAAUAAACAUAACUGUUCUUUGUAUAUGUGGCAGAGAAAGUGGUGGAUUAGGUUAACUUAAUCAUACAAAAAAGCCUUAAUAUUAGUUACCCUUAAAUCAGUUGAUUCCAAAUCUGAGGAUGGGUUUUGUUAUCCAAAAGGAAUUUCCUGUUAAAAAAAUAAGACAUUCCUGAUUUAACUGUGUAAAACUUUUAUGGUCCUGUCACCCUACUUUUGAUCAAAUCAAACUUCUUCAUCUUGUCUUGAGUAUUCUGGUUAUUUUCAAGCCUGCCUUAAAAUCGGUGUCUUCUGAACAGCUAUGUGACUUUUUUUUUUUUUUUUAACUUAGCAUUUCACACCAGCAAUGUGUUCCUCAAGUUGAGUUUGCCAAAGGAAAGCUCUUCCUGGAUAGGCUUGAAACUGAAAGUACUUCAGUGUUUUCAGUCUGCUUCACAUGUAAAGCUAUGACCGUCAAAUACGGUCACAGUAGAGUUUGUUCUAAAAUUCCCGCUGUUGGAGGCAAAGACUGAGGGUUUUUUGUCUUUCGGAAAAUGUGGUGAUUACUAUUCAAAAUUUGUUUUUCAGAUCAGUUAGACUUCGUCAGUACCUUCUUCAAUGCUCUCCUCUUGAAGCCUGUUGCUAAUUCUUAAGUUUAGGGUUAUCUCAUAAAAAGGGUUAUUUUGAGAAGUGAUCUGACACUGUAAUUGUGUCCUAGUGCAAUAUAAUGCAUGUAUGUAGAUCUGCGAGUGAAUAUUGACUGGAAGGUUGUUUUGCGUAAACAGGAUUGCCAUGUGUUAAUGUAUGGUUUUUUGACAGAAGCAAAUGUUAAUUUUUUUAUUUACUCAAGAGCUUUGUCCCAUUGCAUUCUACAGCAGUUUGAGUUUUUUCAUUUUUCAUUUGUAUCAUUAAUAGUAACUUUGAA